CGAUCCGAGGUUCUCAUUGUCGUUAUUCAAGCUGACAGUUUGUUUUUAAUGUUUUAUUAUUGCAUGCAACGUUUGUCAACAGAUCUCGGUCGAGAUCAAAACGACCGUCGUUCGAACUCGACUGGACUGACAUCUCUGAGUCAUGAAACAACAGAUGCCGCUUCAGCUGCAGCUGCAGCUAACGCGCAAGACCCUGACCAUCAUCGUUAUGACGAACAGGUUAAUAUACAGUUGGAACCAGGCUCAGACAACUUGCAACCGUUGGCGCACAAAUUUCUACGGCUUUCAUCUCGCGCAACAGUUACACAUUUGCGAAAGUAUGUGGCCCAACAAGUUUUGCAUGACAUUUCCAGGUUUCGAGACAUUGACAUUUUCAUCCAAAACACCGAAGAUGGAACUUUCCUCGGUCGUGAUCACGUCCUCAAGUUUGUUCGGGUUGUUUAUUGGCACGGAGUAAGUGUAUUGACUACUUUGGCAGAUCACGGUUAA